AUAUACACUGUAUUUGCGUCGAUUUUACGCCGCCAAGUGGGGAGUGUUAUGUUACUGCCUGAAGUGGAAACAAAACUCUUGUAAACUUUAACAGAGGCCUGUUUGCUUUCAUUGAAACAAAGUGUCACUUUUAUCGGUCGGCAAGCUGUCCACUUUAAUAGGCCUACGUGCGCAUUUUCCAGCGAACGUGGCCGAUCUAGCGGAAUACAGAGAGGUGACUGGGGAGGUGACAAUCAGUAACGGAGGUAAACGACGAGUUGUAUUGUGCGCAAACAUGGGCAGCAUCCGGGUGGAGCAGGACGUGUCGCCUUCGUGAAAAGUACAUGCUCCUCUCAUUUUUUUUACUGGCGUGAUUACAAAUGUACUGUAAUACUGCACAGUAGUGCUGUGUUAGGGAUGCUGCGUGCAGCUAGCCUAUGCUAGCUCGACCUGUCCCGAAAAGAUGUUGAUGGCGUGGAAAAACAAGCAUCACUAGAAGUCAUUGGAGGUGAUAUCAUUUCAUUCACCAGAAACUACUUCAGGCUACAACCACGGAUGUAACCACAGUAGUGAACCACUUUGUGGAAAACUGUAAAGCAGCAGCAUGCUUCAUUGUCAUGGGCUGACUGUUCCGGCCAUGGAGGACGCAUUUUAAACUAGCGCUUCAACAUCACACAGCCAUGGGCAUUUGUUCAUCUACAUGCAAGAUGUUACGCAGGGUGAAGUAUGUUUUCCUGCUGCUUCUCACCCUGUCUGUGCUGGCAUGGUUUUCCAUGUUCUCUGGUGGCAGUGUAAAAUCUGCACUGGCCCCCUCAGCGGCAACGAAAGCUGUCAUUAAACGGGACAGCAUGCAAGACGAAGCAAACUCGGGAACAUCAAAGGUGGUCCGCUUAAUUACGCCAACACCCAUCGUAGAAUGUCCCAAAGAAUCACCACUGCUACAAGGCGCAGUGAGGCUGAACUUUGAGCCCUCCCUGAAGCUGAAGGAGGUGGAGGUCGAGAACAAUCAAGUGACCGAAGGCCGGUAUCAGCCUUCCUCCUGCACGGCGAGACAAAGCGUGGCCAUUCUCAUUCCCCAUCGCAGCCGAGAACGACACCUCCUCUACCUGCUUUACCACCUGCAUCCCUUUCUACAGAGGCAGCAACUCCACUAUGCUGUUUAUGUCAUCCAACAGGCUGGCAAUGCCACUUUUAAUCGUGCCAAAUUACUAAACGUGGGUUAUUUGGAGGCUCUUAAAGACUACAGAUGGGACUGUUUCAUUUUCCACGAUGUGGAUUUGGUUCCUGAAAAUGAUAAAAAUCUCUACAUUUGUGAUAAGCAACCCAAACACUUGGUGGUUGGACGCAACGCUACCGGAUACAAGCUGCAUUAUAAAGGUUACUUUGGAGGAGUUACAGCCAUGAAAAGAGAGCAGUUCCGUAAAGUGAAUGGAUUUGCAAACACCUACUGGGGUUGGGGUGGGGAAGAUGAUGACCUACGCAUCAGGGUGGAGCUGCAGAAAAUGAAAAUUGUGCGUCCACCGGCUGACCUUGCACGCUACACAAUGGUGUUUCACAAACGGGACAGCGGCAAUGAAGUCAACAAAGACAGGAUGAAGCUGCUGAGACGAACAACAUUGGUUUGGAGAAAGGAUGGACUGAACAGUUGCAAAUAUCAGACAAUAUCAGUGGAUAGGCUUCCACUCUAUAUCAAUGUGACUGUAGACAUUGGGAAGCCAUAGAGCUGAUGUUUAAAUUCACCGAAGUGGCGGGAGUCAAAUAUUAACAAAAUCUUUUAUAAUUCCACUGAUCUUCAACCGACUUCUCCGUGGCAACAAAACUGAUCAACAAAUUUUGUGUAUGUAAAGCAACACGAGCCGGCUCCACAUUUGUCAAACAGCACAUUUAAAAGGGACCUUUGCUGUUGUAUUCCUAUUCAUUUCAACUGUUAUGUGUACUACUAUGUGUCCAUGAAGGACUCGGAACCUCAAAUGACUGAAUGUGAAUUCAUAUUUUUUACUAUACUCUUUGACAUUUCAAGUACACGUUUCUCAAAAUGUUGAACUGAAUUUAAUGUUUGGACGUGAAAAGCAGCAGAAAUCUUUGAUAUUGUUGCAAGACUGAAUAGAACCUUAAGUAUGUCCAGUGAAAAAAUAGCCUCCAAAUUAUAUAUGUGUAUAUAUUUUUUUAAUUUUAAAAGAUUAAUGUAUAUGGUAAUUAGAGAUACUUUAUAUACAGUCUGAAGGUUCUAUUGUUUUAAGACUAAAGUCUUAAUUUAAUUAUAUCAUAAAUAAGUAACAUUCAAAUUAUUAUUUUUAACUUGUUAUUCAAGAAACGUGUUUGUCGUGCAAUGGAGAUGUUAUUGGAGUAUGCAAUAAGAAGUGACAUUCAGUUGAAUUAUAUAAAUAUCAAUUUACAUAGAGGAUACUGUUGAAUACUAGUUUAUGACAGUCAUUUUCAAAAUGUGGAAAAAGUGCCCUUGUAGGAUUUGGGUUGUGCGAUAAAUCAAUGGCUGUCUCAGAUCAAGAUACUGUAGGUAGUUACUAUUUUUACUAUUAAAAUAGUUAAUAUGCCUUGACUGCCUUUUAGAUGUAGUCCUGCCAAGAUCUUUAGCCUGAUAAAAUGAGAUUUUUAUUAAUAUUACAUUUCAUUUUUGCAAGGGUCUACUGUUGUUGGUCUGCGGGAAAAUGCAAUUUUUACUCAAGUGUCUUAUUUUUUCAAGUGUCUGUGACCAAUGAAAAUAGCCUCUGAUUAUACUCUAAGUAACAAUGCAUGAUUGUUAGAAACGGGAUUUGAGAUACACAUAUCAUUUUCUUGCCAUCCCUAAAGGAUGUAUGGCUUUUUGUGUUACAACUUACAUGUUUUGAACCCAAGUGACGAUCAAACUUUUCUCCAAUUCAUUGCUUAAUUCCAAAGAACUUGAAUUACACGUAAUGGAAAUUUCAGACACAUGAUCAAUCUUGAAAGACUGAUGUUACUAAAUACAUAUUAGCUUAAAUUUGUGCUUCCUAGGUCCAUGAUACAACACAUUCGAGAAGGCAACUAGUGGAUGUACAGUAUUUUGACAUUGAGUGACACAUUUAAAAUGGUGAGCGGGAAAUGUAAAAUAAACUAUUCUUUUCACAUUGACUCAUGGUCCUCUUGAGUUAUUUUUAUGGUAUAUUCAGCCACAUAGUUGAAAAAAGAAAAAGCUAUUUAUAGUGCCUAUGCUCUAACUGCAAUGUACGGGUCUGGCCACUGAGGGGCAGAAAUAACAAGGUUCCCUGUCCUGUAAUUUAGGCUUUAUUCAGAGGGCUAGUAUGGUA